AUGUUGAACACGCCUGAGCCCUCCAAGCCCGAAACCUCCACGCUUACCGAUUUUUGCAUCGAGUUCCAGAAGCCGGAGCCGUGCUAUGUGUGGGGUGAUUCCAUAAAAGGCAAAGUGAUCAUGAAAACGCAGCCCCAAACCCAACUCGACGUCAUCUCCGUCAAACUACUGAUUUGCGGCUUCAACAAGCAUAAAGCGCGUCAAAAAGGUCCUCACACUGAAAAUGCAUUUAUGAAAAAGGAACGUUAUAUCUUGAAUGGCCCGGUGACGUACUACGAUGGAAAGAAGGAAAUACCGUUUCAGGAAACACUACCCCCAGAUUUGGCCACGUCGGUGGAGACAAAGAUCGGGGCGAUUGCGUACUACUUGAAAGCUACAUUGUUAUACAAAAGUAAAGACGGCUACGACACCAACGUGCACGCCGUGCGUGGCUUUACAGUAAUCGAGGAUUGUGACCUGAAUUUAAUGCCAAAAAUUUGGUUCGAGGAGCGUAGCCAGGUGGUCCACCGGAAAUUCGGGCUGUUCUCCUGCACCGGUGGGCUUGUGCGGUUGGCCAUCGCGUUGAAGCAGAGUGCUUUUUGCUCCGGGGAAUAUGUGAAUAUCACUGGACGAAUCGAAAACAAAUCCGAUAAACGCGUCGAGAAAGUCUCGGCCAUCAUCCAGCAACGGGCUCAAGUAAGAGACGGAGACGCGGAUAAAGGCUCAGCAGACACCGACGUUGCAGAGGUAUUCGAGGAGAGCCUAGCCCUGUUUGUCGACCCGGGCGUAGUUCUGAAGAUUGAAAAAAACAUGCCGAUCCCGGUGUUGCCGCCAAGUACUCCACCCGAUGAUAAUUUGCUGAAUCGAGCCACAAAGCGACGUAUAUCAAUCGGACCCCUUCGCUCCAGAACCUCGCAACUUUCAUUAAAUUUAUCGCAACUCCACCCAACGAGACCUCUCACGAUUUCCUACACGAUUGCUUUUCGUGUGAAAUGUGUAGGCGUCGACAACCUCGAAAUUUGCUGGCCCAUCGUUAUCGGCUCGAUUCCGCUGGCGGAAACCACCGAGAACAACGACCCACACCACACAACGCCCUUUUUCAAGCAGUGCAAGCAUGAUCGACCCUCUGAGGUUCUCAACGUCGCUUCGAUUAAUAAUAUCGGGAAGACAAGGAUAAGGAAGAAGAUCUCACUUUGGGCGAAUACGGUCAGAAUGGAAACGAAAUGGUUGAGCGCUGCGCGCGAGCAGCAGCGACGUGACAAUACGGAGAAAAAACGGGUAAAUUUUUCCGACGUCCCAGAGUUCGACGGCAAGAAGGGCCACGAGGAAAAGGCGGGCGGAUCUGUGGACGAUUUGUCGGGUGUGAUGCCAAAUAUGCCGUACGGAGCCGGA